AUUUUAAUUUGAUAAUUCUGUUGUCAAACAAGUUAAGCAGUAAUUCCAAAAUUCAUUGAGACUACAUCUGUAAUAUGAAAAAUAUUGAUCCAUGAUUGCAUUUUUAAAGACAUUUUCCUUACAAACAAAACCUAAUGUUUCAUUCUUAAAGGUGGUGUAAAUACCUAUUUUAAUUGCUUGAACUGGUGUUUUUCAUUUGUCUUUUGAAGCUUAUAUCCUAUAACUGUUUAGUUCAUUGUUUACUACUUCCCACUUGUCCUAAAAAGGCAUUAACCAUGCUGUCAAGGGGUCUUUUAGGGUAUUUUACUCAAUCCAAUUACGAGUGAUAUUUUUGUGCAUCAGAUGAAAAUGAGGAAACACAACAAUAAUCUACUUAUCCCAGCAACUGUAGUAAGAUUAAUAAACCCACUUAUUAAAAUAAGAACUGAAAACAACCCCACAAAUAAAUUUGUUGAAAAUGGAACCUACCUCAAGGGGCCCCUUGACGACAGCACAUCCUCUGUGCAGCAGCAUUCUCACAAGAUUGAAGCUGGUUCUGCAGCAGAGUAAAGUAACCCAGUCAUUGAGAAUGUGCUGAGAAUUUCUGUGUCGCAUGUCCGAUACUCCAGAAAUGUCUGAACCCAUAUGCUACAUGAGCAUUAUCAGGACACUUUGCUUUUGAAUGAAAGCCUUUUCUAUUAUUGCGCCUCUACAAAAUGCAGAGUUUGGCGAACACAGACUUCAAGCAGAUGAUCCCGUUUACAAUGACAGAACAGUGAUGACAACUGUUGGUGAACAAGAUUCGAGGAAAAGGAACCUGGACGGUAGGGGAGAGGUUCUUAGAUGACAUUCAGCUCUGGAGCAUUCCUCUUCACCUUCUUUUGUGACAGCCUAUUGUUCUUUGUUAUCUACUGUUAUGCCAAAUUUGCACAAGCUGCGUGGAUUAACGAGAUCAACAGUUUAAUUGUUUUCGAGCAUAGAAGCUCACAUUGCUUUAAUAAAAAAAUAUAUAUAUUUAAAUAUAUUACCCUCAUAGUUUUAAAAAUCCAAAUGAGAGAACAAUCACAUAAAUAUUUGUGAUGGCAGCUAAGUAUCACCUCGGGGCUGGGAGCAGGAAGCACCCGGUACAUUGCUGCAAAUGUGGAUGACUGAAUCCCUGUCCUUUUAACAGUAAUAAAAAGUUUAUUUAGUUUGAGUACAUUAUGAUUCUUAUAUCAAUAUCAUUAUCCUUGAAGAAAUAAACUCGAUGAAGAAGUAUUUCAAACCUGAAAUGAAUCCACUGGGUCAGAAAGUUGAACGAUUUGAAGAAAUAAUACAAAGAAAAAGAAAGUAAACCACACACUGUUUCCUUCUGUUGGAACUAAGAGUCUGCGACAUUGCUGCCUCUGUUUUCAUCUGGAAAUUUUACACAAUGCUGGGUGACGGAAUAUUUUCAUUGCUGGAUUGUUUCUUCCUGCCUUUUUCUUUGUACUGGAUCUCAAGUAUGAUUCUGAUUGCCUUCAUCCACUAGAAGCUGGAGAUUAGAUAUCUCUUUCAAUUGUUGAACUUCAACAAAUAGUUAUCCACUGCUACCACAAUAACAGCAGUAAUGCUUCAAACUCUGAUGUGGUUCUAAAUUGCUCCUCUUCAAAGAAAAACAAUCCACUGACAAGCAGAUUUGCAAAAAAAUGAUCCCUCAUAUGGUCAAGAUUAAUAGAGAGGAUCUAUUAGAUUGCUACCAGAAGUUUAUUGUGCAUUAAGGUGUCUGCACAGUUUCAAUUUAACGAAUUGGGAGGAAUCCCUGCAAAGGAAGAUUCAUGGAAAUGAUGCAUGUGAAUAAUUUUCCCUUCAGGAGGCAUUCAUGGAUAUGUUUUGACGUGGACAAUGGCACAACAUCAGGUCGGAGUCCCUUCGAUCCAAUGACGAGUCCAGGCUCAGGACUCGUUCUACAAGCCAACUUUACACAUGGCCAACGGCGGGAAUCCUUCCUGUACCGGUCAGACAGUGACUAUGACCUCUCCCCCAAGUCUAUAUCAAGGAACUCCUCCAUCGCUAGUGACAUUCAUGGAGAUGACCCAAUUGUGACUCCCUUUGCACAGGUGCUUGCGAGUCUACGCACUGUAAGAAACAACUUUGCUACACUAACCAACCUGCAAGAUCGAGCAUCCAGUAGCAAGCGCUCACCAUUGUGUAACCAACCACCCAUGGCUAAGCCAAGUUUCACAGAGGAGGCCUACCAAAAACUUGCAACAGAGACUCUGGAGGAACUUGACUGGUGCCUGGACCAGCUGGAGACCCUGCAAACCAGGAAUUCUGUCAGUGAAAUGGCCUCUAACAAGUUCAAGAGGAUGCUCAAUCGUGAGCUUAUUCACCUCUCUGAGAUGAGCCGGUCGGGCAAUCAGGUCUCUGAGUUUAUAUCCAGUACAUUUUUAGAUAAACAACAUGAGGUUGAAAUUCCAUCACAAGCACAGAAAGAAGAAAAGAAAAAGAAACCAAUGUCACAUAUCAGUGGGGUGAAGACACUCGUACACAGCUCAAGCCUAACAGAUUCCAGCAUCACUAGGUUUGGAGUCAAAAUUGAGCAGGAAGAACCUUUGGCAAAUGAAUUGGAGAAAAUUAACAAAUGGGACUUUAAUGUCUUUAAAGCUGCAGAAUAUUCUUUAAACAGACCAUUAACAGCUGUCAUGUACACAAUUUUUCAGGAGCGAGAAUUAUUAAAAACUUUCAAGAUUCCACCGGACACUUUAAUUACAUAUUUGAUGACCCUGGAAGACCAUUAUCAUAACGAUGUAGCAUUUCACAAUAAUAUUCAUGCUGCAGAUGUUGCUCAGUCCACACAUGUUUUACUAUCAACACCUGCAUUGGAGGCUGUCUUUACCGAUCUGGAGAUCCUUACUGCAAUAUUUGCAAGUGCUAUUCAUGAUGUGGAUCACCCAGGGGUUUCAAAUCAGUUUCUUAUCAACACAAAUUCAGAACUUGCCUUGAUGUACAAUGACGCGUCAGUACUGGAGAACCAUCAUUUAGCAGUUGGCUUUAAAUUGCUGCAGGAAGAGAACUGUGAUAUUUUCCAGAACUUAACCAAGAAACAAAGACAGUCACUGAGGAAGAUGGUUAUUGACAUUGUUCUUGCUACAGACAUGUCCAAACACAUGACCUUGCUAGCUGACUUGAAAACAAUGGUAGAAACGAAAAAGGUGACCAGUUCUGGAGUCCUCCUUCUGGAUAACUAUUCAGAUAGAAUACAGGUUCUGCAAAAUAUGGUGCACUGUGCAGAUAUAAGCAACCCCACAAAACCUCUUCACCUGUAUCGCCAAUGGACAGAUAGAAUAAUGGACGAAUUCUUUCGCCAAGGAGACCGAGAAAGGGAAAGAGGAAUGGAAAUAAGUCCCAUGUGUGACGAGCACAAUGCUUCCAUUGAAAAAUCACAAGUGGGUUUCAUUGACUACAUUGUCCAUCCUCUAUGGGAGACAUGGGCUGAUCUAGUCCAUCCUGAUGCACAAGACAUGUUAGAUACACUAGAAGACAACAGAGAAUGGUAUCAGAGCACAAUUCCACAGAGUCCUUCACCGGCCCCUGACGAUGGUGUUGAGGGACGACCAGGACAAGUUGACAAGUUCCAGUUUGAGUUAACACUAGAGGAAGAUGGUGAAUCAGACACUGAAAAGGACAGUGUUGGUAGCCAGGGUGAAGAUGGCAACAGCUGUAGUGACUCCAAGACUCUUUGCACCCAAGACUCUGAGUCAACAGAAAUCCCACUGGAUGAGCAAGUAGAUGAGGAGGAGGGCCCAACAGAUGUCUCUCGGGAAGAGAAGGCAGAGGAGGAAGAAGAAGAGAAGGCUGUAGAUACAUAAUAACAUUGAUGGAGAAGGUAUCUUGGAAGAAUCUUCCAAGCACUACGUGUAGUUACAGCUGAUGCCAAUUCCUCAUCCUCAUCGACCAGUACUUUGUAUACUUUGUAUCUCACAAAGCCAGGAAUCAUCUAGAUGACUCUGUACUCAGGAAUAACAUGUCAGAAUUUCAGCUCCACGUCAUUGUCACAGCAUGGGAAAUCUAUUUAAAAAACGAUCGUUACUACUAUCAGAUUUAUGAAUCUGAAAUAGGAAUGGAUUGCUUUUGUUGGGAGAAUAAUAUUAAACCAAAUAUGGGUUUUGUUUUCACAAAGCUGUAGUAGCUGUUUGAGCUUUAUCCAUGUGAAGAAGUAUGGACAUCCAUUCAUGAGAUAAUGCUGCGGAUACUGGUUUCAUCAAAUAUUUUCAGCAAUGAAGAUUGAAAUGCACAGUAUUUUAUGAGACUGCAGUUAGAGAAGAUCUGUCACCAACGGGAAGUUUGAUCAUUUAUGAAAUCACGAGACGUUUUAUAAUUUCAAGUCUUCCUUGAAACCUGACUGUAAAAACUGUACUGCUAUAAGCUGUACUGACCUCUUUUUGUAUCAUAUGUAAUACAGAUAACUUUUUUAGAUUUUACUUUUGUUAAUACAGAUUUAUGGAGGUAUUAUAUUUAAAAUAAUUUUCAUCUGUUAUUAUUAGAUAUACACGUAACUCGCAAGUUCUCUGUUCCGUUCUGAAUGCUGAGUACAAACAGUUCUUUACCAUCUUACGCAUUAUGAUUUUAUGGAUCUAAUACAGUUCAGUUAUACUCUGGGAAUGAAAAAUGCCACAAGUCCCCAGAUGCUGCAUCUUUGUUAACGAUUACAUUAAAAGGCAUUGCAUUCAAAUUAAACCCUUGAAUUAUACACUGUCCAGACAGUUACAGGAAACUCCUUGAAAGUAGACAAACAACCUUGAUAGGAUGUUUCCAAUGUUGGACUUAAAAUGCACUGAAUUUCACAACAUUCAAAUUUUCUUGCCAAAAUAUGCUCAAGCUGUAGACAGCUUGUGAAAGGAAUGCAAUGUUCCAUUGCAUUAUCACUAAGAUUCCAAUGAAAUAUUUACAAAUUAUGUAAAGCCGUGUAGACUACUGUAUCACAGCAUGUAGUCUGCAAAUUAGCACACUUUACCUUGCAAGUUACUGUUCAAUGCAAAAUGUUAUCUUCCCCUCCCACCCUACCCCACUAAAAUGUCCUUGCCUGCCCCCAACCAUCUGCAUCAGGAUCUCUUGGGGAGAAUUUAUAGAUGGAACAAACUGUAAAACUUGAAUAGGUCUGGCUGUUAAAGAGCACCUAUCGAAUGAGCUUAUUUUAAUCCAUUAUUUAAUUUUGUUGCCAUACCAUUUUUCCUCACCAGAUGACCUUACUUGUAAUCCAGUCUUGUUUGUCUCUGUUUACAACCAUGUAUUUAUUGAACUGUACAUACUGUAAUGUUCAUUGUAAAUUAUUGAUUCUUAGUAUAACACAAUUCAUAAUGGAGUGGUGUUAAUACAUUGGAAUCUCCUUGUGAAAAAAUGAAUAUACUUAUCUGUAAAUUUUCUUCUAUUUAUAUUUUGCCAUCUAUAGCUUGGCUAAGGAGAACCUUGAGGAUGUAAACGGUUGCUGGCCUUUGGCCCCAGGGUUGUGCCUUAACUUUCUCCAAUAUAUUGUUACUGUCUGCUGCAUUUCAAAGCUUACUAGUCAAGUGACAAUUCGAUGAAAGGGGAGAUUCUUUCCUAUUUAAAAACAGAGCCUCCUUUGACACGUAAACUGUAGAUUUCAGCAGCCCUGGCCCAAAGGAAUUGGACAUAUUUUUCUUUUUGAAUUAAAUCAUAAUAAAAGGGAUUACAGAC